AGACCGUGGAUUCUGAAAUAUAAAUAGUCGCGGGAAUAACAUGGCGGAUGGUGUGGGCUGUUUUGUCUAUAGAAUCAUUCCCUCCCAACCAGAUCCUCGCUAUUACAGCGGUUAUACGAUCUUGUGAAACAGCUAUCGAGAUCGAAUAGGCGCUGUACUAGCCUUAAGGUAUUUUAAUCCUCCGUUAGUGGAAAUUUUACUUUGUUUCCCAAGAACCACCGUCUGCCGUUUGUUGUCGUUGCUGUAUGAUUAUCAAGUUCCGCGUUUGACUUCAUCCGUUCACGAUGGAUCUCGACGCUACACAAGCUAUAGAAUGGGACGGCUGCGAAGAUACUGAUGACACAGCCGAACUAGAUAGGACUAGAACUAAAAAGCUGAUUGGUCACUUGAAGGUCUUUCAGCACCAUCAAACUGAAGAAAAGAUAUUUGAGAUCUAUGAAGGAGAUAAUUUUAUUGGAAGAAGUGAUUGUGAAAUAACAAUCCCACAAAAGUCUUUGUCUAAGAAGCAUGCUUGCAUUGAAGCUCAUGAAGAUUUACUUUUGGUUUAUGACAAUGGCAGCAAAAACAAGACUAGAAAAGAUAAGCUUAUUCUAAGACCCCAAGUUAGAUAUCAGCUGAAUGACAGCGACAUGCUCACUUUUGCUGACGUCACUUGCCAGUAUCUCCAUGGCGUCCUGCAGGUCGAUGACAAUGAUGACACUGGCUCAGAGACGGGCUCGGAGUCUAUGUUGCCCACAGACAGUGAGCAGCAGAGGGCAGGUGACGACAAUGGGCGGGAUUCACGAGAUGAGGACAUGACAUAUGCUGCCGACACCGAGCCUGAUACUGAUGAUGAGGGACAAAAGGGGGAAAAGGCUGAACUAAAUUGUAGAAAGGUUUCUGACAAGGAUAACCAACCAGCUAGACCUGUCAUUCCUGCUGUGUUGUAUGACUCAGAUCAGGAACUGCCCACUCCUUCCCGACGUAAUCAGACCACGGUCCUGGAGUCGGCAUCGGACAGCGAGGAACCUGCAGGUCAUUCUCUUGAUAAGCACAGUUCAGUUCCUGCAGCACCAGAGAGAACCAUUAUCGAGGCAACUCCAGAUAGACCUGAAGCUACCCCCCUUACUUUAAUCUACAGCCCCGACACGCCUACCUCCCACCACAAACUGCAAGGAGUAACCCAGACUCCGAGCUGCCCACCAACCCUUGUCUAUGACAAAAAUUCCCCACGAAAAAGUAUUGGAGAAAUUAUGCCCUCAUGUCCAGCUACUUUAGUUUAUGAAAAAUCAUCACAACAAAAAGGUUCAGAAGAAACACCAUCCUACGCACCAACUCAAAUGUAUUCAUCAGAACAUACAACAGGCUCCUUGCAGUCAACACAACCAACAGCGGAGCCUCCCAUUGAUAAGACCCCAUCAAAAACACCCUCUAAGGUGAAGCCCCAUGGAGUUGGGGACCAUGUAGUCUAUGCUCCCAACACCCAGGGCUUUUCGCCAGGCGAAGAAGAGGAAUUAGGACUGGAGGCAACACUGGCCUAUGCACCCAAAUCACCUGUUGAUAAUCCAUCCGUGAUGCAGCUACCUGAGAGUGGGGAUGAGGGAAAAGUAGGCAUUGAUGCGAGUGAUAAUAGUGCUACCCAAGAGUACAGAUUGGAUGAAACCAAUGAAGAAGAAGAUGAAGACCUGGCUCUCCUUCCCACCCAAGCUUACCUGGCUAAAGAUGUGCAGGACUCUGAGAGUGAUGAAAACCUCUUUGCAACUGAAGCAGCAAGGGACAUGCCUUUUGUCACUAGCAAAAAGCCACCCCCUCGUGAAACUAACAAUAAUAAGGCUGCAAAAGAUAAUGAAGAUGAUGAUGUCACUGAUGAUGAUGAUAGUGAUGAUGCUAAUGAUAUUGGUGUUCAACCCACUGUCCCGUAUAAUAUUAGUAAUAUGGCAAUUCAUGCAUAUGAGGCAGUAAUAGGGAGAAGUGGUGAUGAUGGUGAUGAUGAUGGUGCCACCGAUGAUGAUGAUGCUGAUAAUAUUGGUGUUCAGCCCACUGUCCCAUAUGAUAUUAGAAAAACCAAAAAAAACCCAACAAAUGAAGAUAUUAAGAAGCAAACAGGUCUAUCUGCAACAACUGCAACAGUACCCUAUGGAGGUGAAGCCGCAACUCAGGCAUAUGGUAAUGCAGAUGAUGAUGAUGAAAAAAAUACAAAUCAAGCAGAAACGUCUAUACAGGUUCAAGCUACUGUGCCGUAUGGAAUUGAGAUGGAAACACAGACUUAUGAUCCUGCUACUGGUCAUAAUGACGAUGACAUGACAGAUGAUGAAAAUAAUAAAAAUUUCGCCGUGGCUGCAACAGUGCCUUAUGAUUUAGAAACACAAGCUUAUGGUGUUGCAGAUGAUGAUGAUGAUAAAUCAGAUGAUGAAAAUGACAAGAUUACAAAACCCAACAACCCAUUGCUAAAGCGUGAACAAUCUGCCAUGCCCUCAACUCUGCCAUACGAUAUUGAAAUGGCAACACAAGCUUAUAGUGCUGGUGAUGCGAAUGAUGAUGAUGAUACAGAUAGUGAGAUGGAUACAAAUGCCAAACGCACCAAAACUUCCCAACCCAAAGACGGUGAAAAUACCCAAAAAGGUGAAAAUAUUUCACCAACCUUACCUUAUUGCCUUGAUACACAGGAUUACGGAGAUAACAAUAGUGAUACCAAUGAUGAACUCCAAGAGGUUAAACGUCUGUCAUCAGAAGAACAUGAGGAUAAUAUUGCAGCUUCCAUUCUUCCAGAGACACAGGCAUAUGGGGUUGAUGUGUCUCCUGCUGCAGAUGACGCUGACGGUGAAGAUGAUCCAUCUGGUGAUGGAAAUGAGUCUAAUGAUAUCAGUGAGAGCGAUGGGCUGGGUGAUACUCAGCCGUAUGGAGCCGAUGAAGACAUUAUACCUCCUUCAACAACAAAAGAGAUCAUACCUGAUAGCCAGGAGCCAGGAACCAUGUCCCCUGUUAUCCCUUUCAAGGGUAGGGGAUGCUCUACCAGAGGGAAAAAGCCAGCUGCUCGGGUUUCAUUUGCUCAAAUUGCUGAGGAGACCACUGAGGCUGAGGAGCUGGAUUUCCCUGUUGCGACAAGACUUACUUUCGGUGAGACUGACGAUAGCGAGGAAGACUUCCGCAAACCUCAAGGGAGACAGAAGAAGGCUAACACAAUAACCACUGUCCCACGGCGGACACCGGCAAGGAAGAACAAAGGUAGGCCUGCCAAACGCCUGGAUGACGAGGAAGAAGAACAGUCCACAGCAAUGGCCAAGCGUGCAAAACACUUUGAUGUUGACGUAGAGGAAUCUCCUGCGUCUUCAACAACAGAGACCAGUAACAGGGGCAAACCUGCACAACACCAAGACAAUGAGGAAGACGAGCCAGAAAAUAAAGUGAAAAGAAACAAAGGCAAGCCUGCGAGACUCCAAGAUCAUGAAGAAGAUGAAGAACCUGUAGCUAGUACUAGUGCAACCGGUAUAACCAAAACUCCUGGAAAAGGUCCAAACCCUAAGAGUGCGAGAAGUACCCGAAGUAGCAGAAAGAAGAAGAAUGAGAAAGAAGAGGAAGAUGAUGAUUUGAGUGUACCUUCUGGUGAGUGUGAGGACGAGAAGGGUAAAAUGAACUCAAUGAUGGCCAAUAAAUCAACAGCACGGCGAAGAGCGAAGAGAGAUCAUUCUGAAAAAGAUAUUGUAGAACAACAUGAUAAUGACAGUGUUACUGGAGACCUGGAAACAACCAAGAGAAUAGUCAGAGCAAGGAUGACACCAGCCACAACAACGAGAAACAAAAGGUCUGCUUGUUUACAGGAUGAUUACAAGGAAGAGGCUGUCAUGGGACAGGAUUGUGGGCGGAAAUCCUCUGCGAGAGGUGGUCGAGGCAGAGCCUCCAAAGGGAAGGAUAAUAGUGAGGCAACGAAUUUUGUACAAAAAGAUGUGACGAACAAAGACAAUGUUGAGACAGAGAAGACAACAUUUCUCACAGGAAAUGAGAAUGGGCCACAAUCCUCAGGGAGAAGUGGAAGAGCCUUUAAAGAAAAGAAUAACAAGGAGGUUAAGGCAACGACUGUUGAACAACAAGAAGAAAAGAAACUCCCAUCGAGAGGUAGUGGUAGAGGAAAAGCAACUAGAGGGAAGAAUAACGAGGCAACAACUGCGGAAAACGUUGAGGAGAUGACUAAAGAAGAACCUGUUGAGGAAGGGACAACCUCACUCACAGAAGAUGACACUGGGAAGAAAUCCACAAGGAGAAGGGGUCGAGGCAAAGGAGCUAGUGGAAGACAUAACAAGGAGGUAACGACCACUCAUCAAGAAGAGCAAAUAAAUGAAGAGGAAAGUGACGAAGAAGAGGUAGCCUCUCCCGUGAAACGAAAAGGACGAGGCAAGGCAAGAAAGUCACCUCAAAAGAUUACAUCCCAUGGCACAUCGUCAACACCUGCGCCAAACUCUACGCCCGCAAAGCGAACCAGGGGGAGAGGAGUAAAAGUCAAAGACGAACCUGAGACCCCGGUAAUAUCUUCUUCAAGUGCCACCUCACAGACGGAAAUGUCUUUACCGGAUGUCACGCCAUUGAUGCCCAUAUUUGGGAGACGAGGUCGUGGACGAGUGACGCUUUCUAGUGAGGGCCCUGAGCUCCCUGAGCCAUUUGAUGACACCCCCACCCCGUCUAGACCUGAGCCAGGUCCUCUCUCAGUCGUCAAGGCUAUCUCAAGGCGGGGCAAGCGCGGAGGCCGGGUGGUCAAGACUAAGGAUGAACUGUUGCCGGACUCCUCAGAGACGUUAGACCUGAAUGAAGACACGAGAAGUGAGACACCAAGCGAAGCAACAAGUGAGGCAGCCAGCGAAACCCACAGCGAGCCUCCCCAGGUAUUCACGACAGCUUAUACCCGUAAGGGGAGGGGUAGGGCAGGCAAGGACUCCCAAGCCUCAACAGACUCUACUCUGAGCACUGGCGGGGGAAAGGGAAGAGCAAAGAAACCCAAGGAGAAUCGCAGAUCUCCGAGUUCAUCACAAACUGCCGAUUCUACGUUGGUGGACUCACCUUCUGCACAAGCAGAAAGACCGAAGGGCGGAGUGGUUUUGAAAAGGGAUUCGCAGGAAUCACAGGAAGUCCAGGCGACGCCGGCAAAGAAAGGGAGGCGUCACGAAGACGGUGCUGCUGAAGCACCAAGCCCGUCACUACGGGAACGCAAACCCGAGGGCAAACCACGUGUCAUGUUCACUGGUCUGGUCGACAAGCAGGGAGAGAAGGUCGUCACAAGUCUGGGUGGUUCCCUUGUGAAUUCCGUUUACGAAUGCACUCAUCUGGUUACUGAAAAGGUCCGCCGUACGGUCAAGUUCCUGUGCGGAUUAGCCAGUGGUCAACUCCUCGUACAGCCCGCCUGGCUUGAGGCGUGCAAACUCGCCAAGACCUUCGUAGACCCUUCGCCAUUCUUUGUCCAUGACAGAGCUGCGGAGAAACAGUACAAUUUUAAGUUACACGAGUCACACCAGCGGGCGCUUGAGGGAGGACUUUUGCAGGGCUACCGUGUCCACGUGACCAAAGGGGUCAAGCCUGAACCUUCACAAAUGAAAGACAUCAUCAAAUGCGCCAAAGGGGAGGUUUUGCCGCGCAUGCCUCGCGCUAAGGAUGACGGGAUAUUAGUGAUCUCGUGCGAGGAAGACCACCAGGCUUGCAAGCCCGCAGUUAAUGCUGGGGUACCGGUGUACUCUGCCGAGCUACUGCUGACCGGUAUACUGCGCCAUCAACUAAGCCUGGACGAAAAUCGACUUUUUUCUGAUGGUAGUGCGGAGGAGAGCCCAUCAAAUCAAACUAGAAAACGCAAAAACGAUACUCACUCGGGAGAUGCACCGCCCAAGACCGCCCGAGCAUCAAGACGGAAGAAGAAAUAGUUUAAAGUACGAAAUACAUAUUAUAGGGAUUAGGGGUAGGGGAGUUGAAAUAUGUAACUGACGGGGGAGGGGGAAGCGAAUAUAACUAUGACGGAAGGGGGGCUACCUGUUUGGGGUUUUAGGUUGUUGUCAUCAGAGAAUUUUGGGAGUCAAUAUUUUAUCCAUCAUUGGAAAUGAAGUUUAAGCAGUGAAUUGUUAAGUCAACGUUAGAUACUUUGAAGCAGUAUGCACCACGCACUUACGAAAACAGGGUAUCUGUUGAGGCAAAACGGACAUAGGAACUUCACCAGCCUAGUCACAGGCGUUCUUACCGGGUUUCCUGUGUUCAGCCUAGUCACAGGCGAUCUUACCGGGUUUUCUGUGUUCAGCCUAGUCUCAGGCGUUCUGGUUGGGUUUUCUGUGGCCGGUAAGAAAUGGACGUCACUGAAACCCAACAAAACUGUGGGGAACUCUUCCCCAAUUCCACGCUUGCUUACGGUUUUUUCACGAGCACAGGAUACCCGGUAUGCAAAAGUGACUAUGCUGACUAGUAUGGUUUAUGACGGUGUAUAAAGAAGGGUUGAACACCAUAUAACAAUGAUAUUGUAGAAUUUUUAAGUAAAAUAUAUCUAUGAUGUAUAUAUGAUACACGAAGUCCGUAAGAUUUUACCCAACAAAUGUAUCCACCACAGAAAAUUAAAGUAUUAAUGAUAGGC